UUUACCAAAUAUUUCUACGCGCAGACAGCUUCGUCUGCAUAAGAAAUAUUUUUUUAAUUUGAAGACCAAUGAUUAUACAUUAUCAUUAUUAGUUGUUUUGCUGGUAUGUUUUGUUGUGUUGAAAGUUCAAUGAACGUAGACGAAGGUACGCUAUUAAGAAAACACGGGGGAACUCAAGGAACUACUUUUCACAUAAUUAAACAACAAAAUCGGCCGGGUUGGGUUCCCGCAAUCUUCAGCAGCCAAGACCGGUACUUGCAUUUUGAUUCAGGAAUACUGGAUUUUAUUCUGGAUUUUGCAAAGUAAAAUAGAGAUAUAACCAAUUGAUAUCGGUAAGUAUUACGCUGAUCUCUAGUUGUACAAAUGAGAACGAGCAUUUAACAACUUCAGGGGUUUUGGUGUGAAGUCAGUUCAACAUGGCGCGUUUGCAUUUGUUUGAAGUUCAAAUAUCGAACAAUACGUCCGAAUUGAUUGAAGAAUUUGACAAUAAAGUGGUAUAUUUUAUAAACUGAGAGCUAUCUAGCUACUAUUGAGGCCGGUUGGGAUUUAUCUCUGUUCAGAAUUAUGUGUGAUCUUUGCCUUCGACCUUGCAGCUAAGAUAGGUGAUGCCUCGACGUCAUAACAGUGUGGUUCCAUUUUGCGAGGAUUAUCGAUCCAUUUCCCGCAUAAUACACAGUUGUGCACUCAAUUCAUGUUAUAGCACAAAUACGAAGUGUGUUUAAUUAUUUUAUUGUUAGGUGAAGUUGAUCUGACAUGUGAGUGAAUUUUUCGUCCAUGUCUUUCAGUAUAUUACUGUUAAGGUAUUCAAAAUAAAUCUCUUAAUUUUAUACACAAGUGACGUCCCUCAUUAGACACCCUGCUGCUGCAACUAAUGAUCUUUGAUAAAGUUGAUGUAAACACAAGUUUUGGUAUGAAUGUUGCGUCAUUGUUGAAAUUUUUAUAAUUUAUGUAGAUUCAUAAAAAUCUUGUUGAUGUUAAUGCAGAAUAACUGCAUAUCAUGAUGAUGGAGUGUGUGGCAUCAUCAGUUUAAUUUGAAACAUAUAUUCUGACAUUGGUAGCAUGUCUUAGGGAUGGUGAUAGGGUUAGCUAUAAGGUGGCUAGGGUGUAUACUGAAAUUUUUGUGUCCCAUAUAUAUCCCUUGUUGGAGGAGAAGAAUUGUGUUAUACAUGCCUACCUCCCAACAUGUGCAAAAAAUUCAAUUCUAUGAACAUGGUCUGAUUUUGCUUUUAGACUAGAAAUAGCCUGUAAUGAUAACUUAGGGAAGGAAUCAGGGUGUGUCUUUUCUUUACCUACUUGCUUAGUCAUAACAAAAAUUUAAGUUACCUUGAAGAGUAGUACUUUCAGAGGCAGUUAUCUCAAUGGGGCACUAGAUUGCAUUGAACAACUACUGAUUACGAGAGCUAGCACACAUGUGGAUAUGAACACCCAGAAAAAUUGUGCAAAGUUGAUAAGUUGGACAAAAUGUAGAUACCAUAGGGAAAUCAUGCAUUGCACUCUAUGAUUUCGGGAUCUUUACGGUCAAAAGUCACAAAUAUAUACACUAAUUAUAAACACAAAUGAUUUAUCUUAUAGUCACUUUACUAACUAUGGAAAAAAAUUAAAACUAAUACAAUUAAUUGUAGAAUUUUAUUUUUUGAAAAAAAAUUAGAAUUACAAGUACCCUACCUACAUCUCUUACUAUAUGAAAACCUAGGACUGGACUCACAGGAAGCUAAGAUGGAAAACUCACAAAUAUCAGUGUUGAGUUGUUGUUUGUGUGGGUUUGUUUUGGGUUUUUUUUCAAGGCAUUUAAAUGGCUUGAAAUGCUAUAUAGGUGCUUGAUGAAAUAACUGGUGCAUAAAAAAUCUUAAUAUCGCUCUCUCACCUUGCAUCAAGAGAGACCAAAAAAAUCAACAAUGUCAAAUUCAUAAGCUAUAUUGAGAUAAAGAAGUGGUCAUUAAGUAAUGGGAAAUAUCAGUUUUCUCUUUAUUGCAGAGGUUAAUUAUUCAUGCUUCAUGUUGGCACCUUUGUUUACUGUAUUAAAUCAAUGAAUUGGAAACUGUACUUCGCAUUGAUUUACAGAAAAUUUAGGGAUGAGAUCUAAGGAUCAAUGUCAGAAAUCUAAAAUCAGGUAGUUCAUGGGAUAACUGGGAUUUUUUUUAGUGUCAGUAGAGGGCUGAAAUUCAAUCCCAUUUCCUAUUCUGAAAAACAGGUGCUUUUCCCCAAAUGACCCCUAAAGAUUCCCAAAAGAUGAUAAAAAAAAAAAAGAUAUGAAACUUUGUAAAGAGCUCCUCUCUCUGCAUAUUUCGAGUAUUUUGUCUAUGUUCAUAGCUUUAUUGCAAUUAAGCUCCGCAUCUGUAUUCUAUAAAUCUGUCAGUGUGAAAUAAAUGUUGAUCAUCAUAAAGUUAGAUUAGAGGAUACAGUAAAAACAAGAAGCCUAUAUUUUCAUAUUUCAAAACUAAAGAUAGAUCUUUAAGUAAGGAAUCCAUGUCUCCUGACCAUUCUGACAUGUGACCGGGUGGAAAAUCAACAAGACACUGGGUCCAAGAUUGGACAGUCAUGACAGUGAUAUCAGAAGGUCUUUCAAUAGAAACAAAUUCCAAGGUUUUUACUUCAGUUUCAGAGAAUGAUAAAGAAAACGAAAUUAUUUAAAAUGUAGAUGAUUUGAGUUCUGAUGAUUCAGAUGAGGAAAAACUUGUUAUCUUCAGCCACCACUAGCUCUGGAAACCCGAUACUAAUUUCCUUUGGUAAAAUCUUACUUGGACAAUGCCUGGGUCAUGGCUUUACUUGAAAAUAUCCAUUUUCCAUUACCCCCAAACAACUGGAUGUUGAAGUUUGCUUGUAGGUAAAUGAAUAGUGUUGUUUUUUAAGUGUUUUCCCAAUUUCGACAAAAUAUUGCUGUUUUCCCCAAUGUGAAUGGUCCUUGAUAUCAAAGGUUAAAAACUCCCCGGAGAAACACACACACACCCCUGUAAGUUUCUGUCAUCCAACAUCUAUUACACCAUAUUUUUGGGAACAAUUUUUUUUUACACCAUACAUUUUGUGAAUAAACGGUAGAGUAUUAUUAGAACAUGUACAUGUAUUAUAAUUGGCUUGGAUCAACAUUCAUCUUGUAUGUAAUUGGUUGGGGUUUUUUUUGGGGGGGGGGGGGGGGGGGGUGGGGGGGUGGUCUUAAUGAAAACUAUGUGAAUGUAGCUUUUCAUCAGACUUUGAACUUUUGAUCUUGCAGCUUAGAUUAAUAUGCUGUAUUAGUGUAGUUUACAUUAGUCAAUGUUUGGCAAAUGCUUCCGUGAAAGUCUAUACAAUCCAUAUAAAACGGUAGCUAUUGAAGAUUAUGACAGAAUUUAUUUAUUUUUUAGUUGUGUUGAAAUCAUAUUCCAUGAAUUGGUUGGUUUUGGAGUUUUCUUUUGAUACUUCUCCAAGGAUCUUAGCAUUUGGCCUGCAUUCAGGAGAAUGAAUCAUACUUGAAAUCAUUGAUCAAAGAUUCUGAUAAAACUGUGUGUUAUAGGUUUGUGUUCUGAGGUAAUAACUUGGUUAAUAUUUGUUGCUGACUGUCCUAAUGAUGGCAGAUGAGUGUUUGCUGUAUUAGAUCAGUGGUGACUGUGUGUAAUGUACUGUUUGCAGAUGUAGGGAGCAUCAUCACAGAGGCUCUGUGUGAAAUUUGACCUGGUGGUAAUUAGCUCUGCAGCCCUCUGUAUCUCCCCCUUUCUGUGUACAGUGUGAAGUUGUGUUAGCUGCUUGGGAUGCUUCAGGGUAGAGAGCUGGAUCCAAAUUGAAUUUUGUUUAUAGAGGGAUUACUAUUUUUAUCCUUGAACUUUUGAUACUUUUGUAAGAGGAAUUAUUCCUUGAAGCAGUCGGUUGUGGCCAGGCUAACCAGCCGCCAUGACGGAGAUAGAGCAGUACAGUAAUGGAGUCCGGUGGGAGUCCGGAAUGGAAGAGGACUUUGAUCCAGGAAGUAACUCCUCCAAGCUGUUUGAAAGGUCAAGGAUCAAAGCCUUAGCAGAUGAAAGAGAAUCGGUACAGAAGAAGACAUUUCAAAAAUGGGUGAACUCGCACCUGAUUCGGAUGAGCUGCCGAAUCCAGGACCUCUAUAUAGAUCUUCGAGAUGGCAAGAUGCUCAUGAAACUUUUGGAAAUUCUGUCUGGGGAAAGACUGCCUCGUCCUACCAAAGGCAAAAUGAGGAUUCACUGUCUGGAGAAUGUGGACAAGGCUUUACAGUUUCUCCAUGAACAGAAAGUGCAUCUAGAGAACAUGGGUGCCCACGAUAUUGUGGAUGGUAGCUCACGUCUGACGCUAGGUCUCAUCUGGACCAUCAUUCUUAGAUUCCAGAUUCAAGACAUUACAGUGGAGGAAACAGACAACAGUGAGACUAAAUCAGCUAAAGACGCUUUGUUACUGUGGUGCCAGAUGAAGACUGCGGGAUACCCAAAUGUUAAUGUUCGUAACUUCACUACUAGCUGGAGAGAUGGCCUGGCCUUCAAUGCCCUCAUACAUAAACACAGACCUGACUUGAUCCAGUAUGACAAGCUACAGAAAUCCAAUGCACUGUAUAAUCUUAACAAUGCUUUUGAAGUGGCUGAGGAGAAGCUGGGACUUACCAGGCUUCUGGAUCCAGAGGAUUGUAAUGUUGAAUUCCCUGAUGAGAAAUCCAUCAUCACCUAUGUCGUCACAUAUUAUCAUUACUUUUCCAAGAUGAAGGCAGAAUCUGUCCAGGGCAAGAGAAUUGGAAAGGUUAUUGAUCAUGCCCUGGAUACAGACAAACAGGUACAGGACUACGAAACAUUCACCUCUGACCUCUUGGAAUGGAUUGAACAGACCAUUGUCAUCCUCAAUGACCGACAGUUUGCUAACUCCCUCUAUGGUGUCCAGCAGCAGUUAGCAGCCUUCAAAACAUACAGAACCAAGGAAAAACCUAAAAAGUUUGAUGAAAAAGGAAACUUGGAAGUUUUAUUGUUUACCCUGCAAAGUAAGAUGCGUGCAAAUAACCAAAGGCCCUAUCUACCCAAGGAGGGAAAACUAAUCUCUGACAUCAAUAAAGCCUGGGACAGGCUGGAAAAGGCAGAACAUGAGAGAGAAUUAGCUCUCAGAGAGGAACUUAUUAGACAAGAGAAACUGGAGCAGCUUGCUGCGAGGUUUGACAGGAAAGCUGGCAUGAGAGAGACCUGGCUUAGUGAGAAUCAAAGAUUGGUUUCACAGGACAACUUCGGUAAUGAUCUGCCUGCUGUAGAGGCGGCAACCAAAAAACAUGAAGCAAUCGAGACUGACAUUAAUGCAUAUGAAGAGAGAGUACAGGCUGUGGUGUCUGUAUGUUUUGAAUUGGAACAGGAACGAUACCAUGAUGUAGAAAGAAUCACUGCAAGGAAAGACAAUGUUUUGAGGUUGUGGAACUAUUUACUGGAACUUUUGAAAGCUAGGCGAAUGAGACUGGAAAUGUCUCUCAGUCUACAGAAGAUUUUCCAAGAAAUGCUGUAUAUCUUGGACUGGAUGGAGGAAAUUAAGGCUCGUCUGAUGUCUGAAGACUAUGGUAAACACUUGAUGAGUGUAGAGGACUUGCUACAAAAACAUAGUCUGUUGGAGGCUGAUAUCCAUGUUUUGGGAGAACGAGUUAAGACUGUCAAUACAUCGGCUGUGAAAUUUGUGGAUGGAGAUGCUGUUGAGGCAGGCGGAUAUCAUCCAGCAGAUCCCAAGGUGGUGCGAGAACGCAUGAAGACAUUGGAGGAUGCCUAUGAAGAACUUGUCCGUUUGGCUGCUGAGAGAAGAGACAGACUGGAGGACUCCCGCAAACUGUGGCAGUUCUAUUGGGACAUGGCAGAUGAAGAAGGCUGGAUCAAAGAAAAAGAGCAGCUGAUGUCUUCGCCAGACCUGGGGCGAGAUCUUACCAGUGUCCAUCUUUUGCUCAACAAACAGAAGCAAAUGGAGGAUGAAAUGACUGCUCGUCACACCCACCUGCAGUCAGUGCUCCAGGUAGGAUAUGACCUUAUUACAGCUGGAAACUUUGGAGCAGAGAAAAUCCAGGAAAGGAUCGAUGAGAUCAACCAGAAAUGGGAGAGUCUGAUUGACCUGGCUGCCUUUAGAAAGAAGAGACUAAAUGAGGCUGUCGACUACUAUCAGUUCUUUGCUGAUGCUGAUGAUGUGGAUGCUUGGAUGUUUGAUAUCUUCCGUAUUGUGUCCAGUGAAGAUGUUGGCAAAGAUGAGGCCAGUGUUCAGUCACUUCUGAAGAAACAUAAGGAGGUUACAGAUGAUCUUAAGAACUACGAAAGCACUCUGGCUGCACUUCAUGAACAAGCUGCCAACCUUGGAGAACAGGACAGAGAAUCUCCUGACAUACAGAACAGACUUGGAAGCAUUGACCGUCGUUACCAGGAAUUACUGGAACUGGCCAAACUUCGCAAACAGAGACUUCUGGAUGCCCUCUCUCUGUACAAACUUUUCAAUGAGGCUGAUGGAGUUGAAACAUGGAUAGAUGAGAAGGAGAAAUUCUUGACCACCAUGAUCAUAACUGAUGAUAUUGAAGAGAUUGCUAUCAUGAAGCACCGCUUUGACAGUUUUGAGCAUGAAAUGAACGCCACUGCCUCAAAGGUGGCUGUUGUCAACCAGCUAGCUCGUCAGUUGCUACAGAUUGAACAUCCUGGAGCUGCUGAAGUUAUCAGCAGACAAAACCAACUCAACGGAGGCUGGAACAAUUUGCGUGACCUUGUUGACCAGAAGAGGGAGGAGAUCAAUCUGUCUCAUGGUGUUCAAAACUUCCAUAUUGAAUGCAAUGAAACUAUUAGCUGGAUCCAUGAGAAGGCUAAAGUGAUUGAGUCUACUGAUGAACUGGGUAAUGACCUGGCGGGAGUCAUGACUCUGCAGAGAAGACUCAGUGGAAUGGAGAGAGAUCUGGCUGCUAUUCAGGCUAAGCUGGAAUCAUUACAAGGAGAGGCAGAGAAAUUACAGGAUGACAAACCUGAGGAAGCACAGAUCAUCAGAGAAAAGAUUGCCGAGAUCAACAAUGUCUGGAUGGAUCUCAAGGAUAUGUUAAGGGAAAGAGAUGAGAAACUUGGAGAAGCAGGCGAGUUGCAGCGUUUCCUUGGAAACUUGGAUCAUUUCCAGCAAUGGCUCUCCCGUACCCAAACCACAGUUGCCUCGGAAGACAUUCCCAACAGUUUGGCUGAUGCUGAGAAACUUCUGAACCAGCACCAGCAACUGAAGGAUGAAAUAGACGCAUAUGCUCCCGAGUACGCCAAAAUGAAGGAAUUUGGUGACAAAGUUACUGAAGGACAGGAAGACCCACAGUACAUGUUCUUACGCCAGAGGUUGCAAGCUCUGGACAGUGGAUGGGAGGAGUUACUUCAGAUGUGGGAAAACAGACAACAAUUACUCUCACAGAGCCUAAAUCUACAGAUGUACUUGCGUGAUGCAAAACAGGCAGAAGUUUUACUUAACCAGCAAGAAAACUUUUUGUCAAAGGAAGAAGUUCCGUCAUCUCUGGGACUUCUUGAUAAACAGAAUACAUUGGAAGCAGCAGAGAACUUGAUCAAAGCCCAUGAGGCAUUCAUUACCACCACUGAUGCUAAUGAUGAGAAGAUCAACGCUGUUCUUCAGUUUGCCAACCGCCUUAUUGAGGACCAACACUAUGCUGCUGACAAAGUUCACAAAAAGGCUGAAAACAUCAGUGAGAGACGUGAUGUGAACCGACAGAGAGCUUAUGAACAACUGGAACGUUUAAAGGACCAACUGCUCUUGCAGCAAUUCUUGCAGGAAUGUGAUGAGCUUCGAGACUGGCUGCAUGAUAAGAUGGCAGCAGCACAGGAUGAAACCUAUCGUGAUGCGAAGAACUUGCACAGCAAGUACCUUCGCCAUCAAGCUUUCGAAAGAGAAAUCGCUGCCAACAAAGAGCGUUUGCAGCGUCUCAUGCAGUCUGGUGAAGGAUUAAUGCAAGAGAAACCAGAAUGUCGGGAACAAAUUGCACCUAUUCUUUCGAGUUUGCAAGAGCAGUGGGAUGAACUGGAAGGAACUACUAAGUCUAAGGCUGAGCGCUUGUUUGAUGCAAACCGAGCAGUCAUCUACCAACAGAGCUGUGAUGACAUCGACGGAUGGAUUGGACAGCUGGAGACACAGAUCAUCACAGCUGAGGAGGGAGCUAAAGAUCUGACAACUGUCAACCUGCUCAUGCAGAAACAACACCAACUUGAGUCUCAGAUGAAAAUCAAAGAAGGACAGGUAGCUGAGUUGGAUGAACAAGCUGUCAUUCUUAGGAAGGUUGAUCCACAGCAGGAGUCGAUGAUUGAAGCAAGAAAGGCCCUUGUCGCAGAGAGGUUCUCCAAGAUUCAGGAACCACUGAUUAAGAGACGAGAACAACUAGAAAAGGUGAAGAGAAUUCAUCAGUUUGUCCGUGAUGUGGAGGAUGAAAAGUUGUGGAUCAGUGAGAAGAAGCCCCUGACUACUUCUAAUAAUUUCGGAAAUAGUCUUCUUAGUGUACAACUGCUGACUAAGAAGAAUCAUUCAUUGCAAACAGAGAUCGAGAAUCAUGAGCCAAGGAUAUUCAGUGUUGUAGAAGUAGGCCAGCAGCUGAUAGAUGAGAAACACCCUCAGUCCGAGGAGUUCCAGGCUCUCAUUGACGAGCUGAUGAGAAUGUGGGACGAACUCCGAGCAGCAAUAAUCCAGCGAGAUGAAAGGCUCAAACUGUCAGACACAGCACAACAGUAUUAUUAUGAUGCUUCUGAGGCUGAGGCCUGGAUGAGUGAACAAGAGCUGUACAUGCUGGGAGAUGAAAGGGCAAAGGAUGAGAUAGGGGCUCAGAAUUUCCUGAAGAAACAUCAAGCACUGGAGAACACCGUCAAUGACUAUGCUGAUGUUGUAAGACAGCUUGGAGAAAGAAGCAGGACUCUAAUUGCUGAUGACCACCCAGAGAGUGACCAAAUAGCUGUCAGGCAGUCUCAAGUAGACAAACUGUAUGCAGGACUAAAGGAUUUGUCUAAUGAGAGAAAGAGCAAGUUAGAGGAAGUACUUAAACUGUAUGUCUUGAACCGUGAAAUUGAUGAUAUUAUGCAAUGGAUCGCAGAGAAAGAAAUUGUGGCUGGAUCACAUGAACUUGGUGCAGACUUUGAACAUGUCUGUAUGUUACAAGACAGGUUUAGAGAGUUUGCUCGGGAAACCGAGAGCAUAGGAACAGAACGAGUGAGUGCUGCUAACGAGAACUGUGAUGCUUUAAUUAUGGCCGAUCAUUCAGACUCAGCCCAGAUCGCUGAAUGGAAGGACAAUCUCAAUGAAGCUUGGAAUGACUUGUUAGAAUUGAUGGAGACCAGAACCCAAAUGCUUCAGUCUUCCUGGGAAUUGCACAAAUUCUACCAUGAUUGUAAAGAUAUUCUGGAAAGAAUACUGGAGAAGAAGAACUAUAUUCCAGAUGAUCUGGGCAGAGAUGCACAAAGUGUUGCAGCUCUUCAAAGAAAGCAUAACAACUUUGAAAAUGACCUUGUCACACUUGGAGUUCAAGUCCAAGCUAUACAGGAGGAAUCAAACCGACUGCAGACAGGCUAUGCUGGUGACAAGAAGGCAGAGAUCGAAGACCGUGAGGCAGAGGUGGUCAAUGCCUGGAAGAAUCUGAACCUCAUGGUCAACUCUAGGCGUGUUACACUGGCCGAUGCCCAUGAUUUGUUCAAAUUCUUCAGCAUGGUCCGUGACCUCAUUCUUUGGAUGGAUGACAUCAUUAGACAGAUGAAAACACAAGAGAAACCAAGGGAUGUUUCUGGUGUUGAUUUGCUUAUCAAUAACCAUCAAAGUCUCAAGGCUGAAAUUGAGGCUAGAGAAGAAAACUUUGCAAUUUGUAUCAACCUAGGCAAAAACUUACUGGAAAGGAAACAUUAUAGAUCUGAUGAAGUUAGAGAGAAGCUUAUACAGUUGACCACAGAGAGACAGGACAUGAAUGACCAGUGGGCAGACCGUUGGGAACACCUACAGCUGAUCCUUGAGAUAUACCAGUUUGCCCGAGAUGCUGCUGUGGCAGAAGCAUGGCUGAUGGCUCAAGAACCAUACUUACAGAACCAAGACUUUGGGGAUACCCUUGAUGCUGUAGAAAACCUUAUUAAGAAACAUGAAGCUUUUGAAAAGUCAGCUGCAACACAAGAUGAGAGAUUUUCAGCAUUAGAAAAGUUAACUACAUUUGAAAUUAAAGAACACAAGAAACGAACAGAAGAACAGGAGGAUAUUGCAAAAGAAAGAGAAGAAAGGCGUAGGAAGUUAAUAGCAGAAUUCUUACCACCAGAAAAACCACCUACUCCAGAACCAGAGGUUGUAGAAUCCAUACAGGUACCAGUCCAAGAGACAGCUCCUGAGACGGAGGAGGUGCAGGGAGCCUCAGCAGACGUGGCGGACGAAUCACAAGGAAAGUCAGAAGAUGGAUCACACACACUACCUAAACCUAAACGCAGAGAUGACUCAUCCUUAGAUGAUUCAGCCUUUAGCACCGAGUCUAGUGAGCAGGUCUCUGAGAGUGCAGGUGCACCAGAGUCCCCAUCAGGCCGGCCUAAACCCAGGCCACGUCCUAGUAAAGAGGAGUCGCCACCUUCUGUGUCAAAAGUACCCAAGGGUAAGCCAACUGACUCGCCUCGUGGUAAAAAUCCAGUCAGGCAGGACAGAUCAAGUGAAAUAACCAGGGAACCCUUACAAGGGGCUGAAAUGGCUCGACUCAGUCCUUUGUCUACUAAAGACAAGAAACGAACUCGCUCUCUCUCUCCAUUUCGGAAACUGUUUUCUCGUAAGCGUGACAGAGGCCGUAGCAAAACAGAUGUCAUUGUCCUGCAAGAAAUACCAUCUACUAGUGCUGAGUCCAUCCACCAUGAAGGUACACUGACAAGAAAACAUGACUGGGAACAUGAAAACAAGAAAGCCCAUAAUAGAUCUUGGGAUAAGGUGUAUGUAGUACUGAAUGGAAACUUUUUAUCUUGUUACAAAGACAAGAAGAUCGCCAAACAGGAUCCUUCAGUUUUGAUUCACCAUGAAAAACCCAUAAGCCUGGGAGGUGCCCAGUGUACUAAGGCCACUGACUACACCAAACGUCCACAUGUUUUCCGACUGAAACUCACAAAUGGAGGAGAGUACCUGUUCCAUUCUAAAGAUGAUGGAGAAAUGGACUUGUGGAUUCAGAAAAUCAAUUCGGUGACUGGGGCAGAGGGCACCAGUGUUCCCUCCAAAUCUAUGACUCUUCCAGCUCGCAUGGAGGGUGAGAAGGAGGGAAAGAAAAAGAAAUCAGGCUUCCUUACAUUGAAGAAGAAAUAGAACUACAUUACGCAUUUAGGACUUUUUUCUAUUGAAUCUCGGAAAUAGACCAUUAUGGGAAUGGAGAUUUCAGAUUGUUGUUAAAACUUUUAAAAAGUGUUUGAAAGGGGUGUAUUAUUAUUAUUAUAAUGGAGUUUUUAACUUAUUUACAUUCAUAUUUAAAUUUUGUACUCUUUGUUCAUAGAAAAAAUCUUUUUUUAAACAGAUUGAAUUAAUCAAAUAUGUGAAAUUUUUUCAUGAAAGGAUAUAUGUGUACUGAGUGUAGUCCAUUUUAAUGUCUCGCUAAGGUUGCCCUGUCUUCAUUUUGUCACUUUGCUCUUCACUUGAGCACUUCUCUUUAACAUUUGGACCAAGUGAUUAUUGGGUCUGAAUAUGAAUGGUUGAUUGCAUUAAAAAGGGCAUUUUAGACUGACUUGUGUUGUGCUUCUACCGCAAAUCUUCCUAGAUGAUUUGUUAUGGAUUGUGGCAUAUUUCAUACUUUUCAUCAUGUGCCAUGAAGAGAGUUGUAUAUGAGUAAUGUCCUGAUCAGUGGCAGAAAAUAGCAUAAUUAGAAAGAGCAGUAGCAGUAGUUGAUAUAGAUUUCUGAUGUAUUCUGGGACGUGUGCAGUAUCAGUGUCUUCAUCUACAGUCUUACAGAUCCAUUUACCCGUGUAGAAAAUUAGAAAUAUUCAUGUUUAUCAAAUUAUCUGUUUUCACUAAAAAGACUGCCUUUAAUGUGUACUUUUGCAUUAUGUAUGUAUUUUAACUAAAUUCAAUAUGUACAGAUGUUACGUCUUGAACAAUAAUAUUUUGGAUUAUUUUCAAGUGAUUGUUUACAAAUUUUGCUUUCUAUUCACUAAAAUUGUUGUGCAAAUACACUGUAAUAAUCAACAGAGCAGCUAGUUAUUAAUUUGAAGAAUGCCUUUUGUAGUUGUUUUUGUUUUGUUAUGAUAUACUCCCAUAUAGAUAUUUAAAUAGUCACUGUUUACAGCUCGGUAGCAUUUCCAGUUUCGAUUUCAAAUUGUAGUUUUCUCAACCACCUGUAACAAACAGCAUGAAACAUGUCCAAAACUAAGUCCUCUGUACCGGUAAUCUUGCCCCUCAGAAUGUGUGUGUUUUUAGUAUUUCAUUAUAAUCAUUUGCUUGAAAAGUGGUGUCACAUACAGAAUUUUUGUUAUCAUUUUUGGCAUUCACAAGGACCUUGGUUCCUAGCUUGCUUUGAGGAAGGUGACAGGCUUCUUAGGUUUUUUUUAAUUAAUGCUUAAAUCAUGAAUCAGUUGAAAAUAAAUGAUUGAAAAAAUCA